CUUGGCUGGGAAGGGUGCCCGCCAGGCAGGAGGGGCGUGGGGCGAGGCUCUGCUGGGGAAGGGCGCAGAGCCGGGGCAUGCACCGACACAGCCCGGGCAGGGCAGCGCGGGGAAUCGCGCCUGGCUGCUCUGCGCUGCAAGCGGAAGGGGCCGCGGUUCUCGUGCCCAGGCAGAGCCGGGAGCCCGGGCUGCGGGGGAUGCCCCGGUGGGGGGCGGCUCGGCGGCCAUGACCCCCCCGCAGGUGCUGAAGGAGGGGGUGCUGGAGAAGCGCAGCGGGGGGCUGCUGCAGCGCUGGAAGAAGAAGCGCUGCCUGCUGACCGAGGAGGGGCUGCGGCUCUUCCAGCCCGGCGGCUCCCGCUGCAAGGAGCUGGGCUUCGCCCGCAUGCGGGCGGUGGAGUGCGUGGAGUGGAAGCGGCGGCACGUCUACUUCACCGUGGUGACCCACAGCGGCCGCGAGAUCGACUUCCGCGGCCCCCGGGAGGAGCCCGGCUGGAGCGCGGAGAUCGGCCUGGGGCUGGUGCGCUUCCAGAACCGGCUGGCCAUGCAGAGCGUGCGGGCCCGGCACGGCGGCGGGGCGGCGUUCCAGUACAACCCGGCCCCGAGCGGCCAGGCCACAGACCCGGAGGGGCUCAAGGGAAGGACGGAGAUGGCGAAGGGGCACUCGCCCACCGGCGGGGAGAACGGAGUCCCUGGCUGUGAGUGAAAGCGGAGCCCUGGUUUCAAGAGGGACAGCAGGCGUUUCAGCGCCAAAGGCCCGAUAAGCCUGGACCACGUGUGCCGCUAGCUGCUGAGAACCGCCCCCCUCCCUGCAGGGCCAUUCCUGCUUCCCAACGGCCAUAGGUUGCUGCACUGUUCUCCAAGCACUUCGUAUAGCUUGGUCCAGGGAUCCAGGGCCCAUUGGCCCAGUCGAGAGCCUGCAGGAGAGGCAGGAAGGGGAGCACCUGGGGGAUAAAAGUCCAGGAUGAAAGCAAGAACCAAAGCAGGAUUGUUUUGCGCUUCAUCAGCCUGCUGCUGGCUGGACGCCAGAAGGGACUCGACCAUGCUAAUGAGCUGGGGAACCCAUCCCACCCGCCGGACCUGCCAUGGCUCUGCAGUCAAGGCUCAGCCAGGCAUCUUCGUGAUCCACAGGUGCAUCCCUUGGUGACAAGUUGUCCUGUAGCUGAGCCGGUUGGGGCUGUGCUGAACUGGAAAUCAGCUGUCCUAUGUCUCUUCUCCUGCGGGACUGGAGUAGCUAGAGAUCCAGAGAUUGAGCCCGGUGGGAUGUCAGGUGUAGGUGGGGGUGGGUUCCUGAGCAAAGUGAUUGUGUGAUGCCGCUCCCCAGUUUGGCUGGGGCCUGUGUGAUGACAGGCUUCAGCGAGAAGGCGCCAGCCUGUCUCAGCCGGUGACCUGUCUGGACAGAGGGGUUGUGAGAACAGCCCCGAAUGAAUUCCAACCCUUGUAACAGAGGAUGCAAGUGCUCGCACACUCUGCCCCACUGAGUCAGGCUGGCUCUCCUGCCAGGAUGGGGAGUCGCUGCUGUUGGUGUCAGGGGCGGCUCUAGACAUUUCGCCACCCCAAGCACGGUGGCUUGCCGCAGGGGGGCGCUCUACUGGUCAC